CAGAAGCUUCGAAGAAGUACAUGUACAUGUGUUUUAUUUCUCCAUGGUACAAUUAAGUGUGAACGUCUUUUGGUCUUUGAAUUCGUUGAUUUGACUGAAAAGAAUGAAAUUACUCAAGAAAGCAGCCUUUGUUACACGGCAUUUUUCUAGGUGUUUGUCAUCAGAGGCAACUGCAGCCAACACUGCCAUCACCUCUCAGCAAAAUGAGGUCUUUGACCAAGAGAAGGAACGGCAGCUAGCCCUGGUCAAAAGAGUUGAGAAGAUCCAGGUGGACUACGUCGGUCCCAAUGAUGCCUGCAGGCUGGUCAUGAACAAGUACCUGUCAACACCUUACAACGUUGCCAUGCAUUUAAAUCAGACGUACCUUCGGCGCUCGGCCAUCGCCAUGGUGAAUGGCAAGCCAUGGCACAUGCUGCAGCCACUCACCGAAGAUUGCAAGCUGCAAUUCGUCACACUGAAAGAUGACGACGUAACAGAGGUCAACCAGGCAUUCUGGAAGUCCUGCUCACUGAUGAUGGGUGCCAUCUUACAGUCGGCCUUCAAAGAUGAUAUUACAGUGGAACUUGCGAGGGCGCCAGACAUUCCAAUUUCUGUGGGCUGUUUUGCCUAUGAUUUCAAUCUUCCCUUCAAGUGGGAACCCACCAGGCAGGAGCUGAUAUGUCUCAAUCGCCAGGCCUUCAUGAUGGUCGAGAGAGCAGUUAAUUUUGAGAGAUUGGAGGUCAGCCGAGAGGUUGCCCACCGGAUAUUUGAAGACAAUGCAUAUAAGAAGUACCAACUUGAGCACACCGAGGCCGACAGGGUAGUGCUUUUCAGACUCGGUGAUUUUGUGGACAUCGCUGACGGACCGCUAGUUACGAAUACAACAUUCAUAGGGCCUCACAGAUAUGUCUUCACUUGUAUUCACAGUAUAGAUGACUACCUGAAACCCAUGAACAAACUGCUGCGAUUUCAAGGGGUGGCCCUACCCGCACAGUUCCGAGUUCACCACACGAGAUGGAGCCUCCUGGAAGAAAGGGCUCGCAAACCGGUUCUGGUUGACUCAGCUCCUAACCUGAAAUCCAGUCACAACCAAGAACAAGCACAAGGUGAUGCUGCAUCAUGAUACACGCAUAGACCCGUUGGGGAGUUGCAUAAAGUCGUGAAGCCAGGCUAAACUGGAAGGCCUGUCUUCACAGAUUCCUCAGAUUCCUGCUUGAGAUUUUGAAGGAUUUUGUAGGAUUGAGGAGGUUGUUGAGCCAUGUCACAACUACUUGAUAUGGGGCUUGAUGCAUCCUGGAUUAGCAAGUAUGAAGAAUGUACCAUUGGGGUCGCACCUCGUGGUGGAUUCUGAUGGACUUUGGUAGAUUUCUAGUGAUAAAUACCUGAUAUUGCUUUCAUCAGUCUGACCUGUUUUACAUCCGUACUCCUUCAAAUCUUAUUGUAAUGGAGCUUCUUUGCAGUUUUAGAAGAUCCUCAAAGCAUGUUGGAUCAAGAGGUAAAGCAUUUUUAUGCAAAUGAAAGGGAACUGAACAGACAUUUUUCGUUUGGGAUUUCAAACUGAACAUUUUUUUAAAAUAUGCGUGUAUUAUGUGUCAUUGCCAGAGAGUCUUGGGAUUGUAAAAUAAAAAAUUACUGAAUAAAAUCCCCGUUGUAAAACUUCACAGCUAGAUUAUCUUUUCCUUCAAAACAUUGACUUUGAAAGCUCAUAGCAAUUACAGACCAUCAAAAUGCAGUUAAAAUAAAAAUUGAAAAAUGAAAGUGGCGUCCUCAUUAAAGAAACUUUUGUACCCUAAAUAUUUGGCAACUAUUGCUUGUGCAUUCUUGUGAUCUUUAUGCGGAUAUUUUUUUAACUGGAGACGUGGAUAUUAAAUGUGAAGCAUUGCUUCGUUUUGGAAGACAUCAGA